CGUAUAAACGCACCUAUCACGUAAUAUUUGCCUCUGCGAAUCGCCGAUGAUUUUUAUCGGAGCCGACUCCAAUUUCUCUUGAUGCGCUCGUGUCGAUCGAGUCCAGUGGGCUUCGAGCUCGUUUCCGUGUGUGUCAGUGUGUGCGUGCAGUUACCCAAGUCAGUGCGACUCCAGUGACAACUGCCUUUGACAAAAUUUGAAUUCGAAUUCGGGGGGGGGCAGUUUUAGCCGGGGACAGGGGCUGCGUCUCGCCCUUAUGACGCUGCGCUCUUUGGCUCUAUUGCGUAUACGAGUGACUCGUGCUACGGCUGCUUCGACCUAAUACUUGGUGUUCGUGUGCGCAACUAGACGGGCCGAGGACCUGGCACCGAGUGACAUGUCGAGCAGCGCGACAUUGCCAAACCGGUGAAUUUGCAGCUUAGCACACAGAGCGAGAUAGAGAGAAAACUAAUCAGCCCGAGCAACGCCGGCAAAGCACAUUCUUGGGGCGUCGAGACUCCGUCGACGUAUAGCCGAGCUGCGAUAAUCAUGCAGCCGGGUGGAGGCGGCGGAGGAGGCGGUGGCUCGUCGAGUGCAUCGAGCGCCAGCUCCACGACCACGGCCAAUGGAAACGGAGCAGCCACCGGCAACGCUGGCCAAGGCGGCGGUCGUCUGGCCGUCAUCGGCGUCACCCGCAACGUCAAGCUCCGCCGACGAGGAAACGCCAGCUUCGGCUUCUCGCUCCGCGGCGGCCGCGAGCACUCGGCCGGAUUCUUCGUCAGCGACGUGGUGCUCGGCGGCGAGGCGCAUCGGGCCGGCCUCAGGGUCGGCGAUCAAAUUCUACGAGUCAACGGCUACCCGGUCGAGGACGCCGUUCACCAGGAGGUCGCUCUGCUCGCCAAGAACCAGCAGGUGCUCGUGCUCAAGAUUCGCAGCGUCGGCAUGAUACCCGUCAAAGACAAUCCGAACGACCCGGUGACGUGGCACAUGGUCCAGCAACAGCAGAAGCAGCUGCAGUACGGCGACGCCGUGACCAACGAGGUGCGCAUCCGCGUCAUGGUCGGCGAGAAGGGCAGUCUGGGCUGCGGCGUGUGUCGCGGCCUCGUGCCCGGCCUCACCGUGCAGAACACGAGAGAGGGCGGGCCGGCCCGGGCCGCGGGUCUCAAGGCCGGCGACGUGAUCGUCUGGUGCAACGGCCAGCACCUCACCGAUCUGCCCUUCGAGCGAGCCAUCGAGGUGAUGCGCUGCGCCGCGGUCCUCGAUCUCGUGGUCAACCGGCCGAUCGUCAAUCACGUCUACGACUGCCCGGAGAGCCUCUGGCAGCGGGGCUCGAGCGGCUACGACUCCGAGAGCUCGAGCACCGGCACGCCGUCGCCCCACAACACGGCCUCGUCGCCCCAACACAGGACCCUCGACCCGAGGCUCAUUCACAACUGCAACAACAGGAACGGACGCCACUGCUAUCAGCCACCGAAUGGUACAAACUCAGCGGAUUGGGGUCACGUCGAACAGGAAUGGACUCGCAAGCCGAACAAUACGACGAUCAUUCGAAUAAAUCAGAGCCAUCACGGCACGCCACAGCACCAUCAUCAGUUUCAUCAGUCACAACAGCAGCAGCAGCAGCAACAGCAGCAUCAUCGGCCAGGCACGUACGGCUCGCAAACGAUGCGCCGACCGCCGCCGCCACGACCACCUGUAAGGGCUAGCUACGAGGAGGGCGACGAACCGAUCUACGAUCCGGUGGCGCCCAAAGACUUCGAGUGUCACGAUUUCGACGCCAAUCCCCGAGACGAGCUCGACAGGAGAGCCGAGUACAGGCGCGAACACGGCAUCAUCGAUCAUCAACAGUCGGUCGUUAACAGCGACGUUGUCUUUGUCAAGGAAAACGGACAUCAAGUAUUAGACGGAGGCAGCGUCGUUCUCAAUGGUGGCUCGAGCAGACCUGUCCAGUUGAUGCAAUCGCCGCUGCAACCACAACAACAGGAUCAAAAAUCGAUAACGACUGUGGAGGUGCAUCAGCCGAGUCCACCCCCGGCACCCUCGAUGCCUCAACCAGUACCGUACAAGUGGCCAGCUGAAACGAAACCGAUGAACGCCAUGGGCAUGCAGAUGGGCAGCACCAUGUCGAUGGGCUCGACCGGCUCGACGGAGACCGAAUCGAGCCUCGAGUCCUCCUGCGGCGGCAAGGAUUGCGCGGCCUCGACCACGUCCUCGCUAUCCACGUCGUCCUCGGGAGAGCCUGCCAGCUGCAACGGCGCGAGCACGGUUCUGUCCUCGUUCACUUCGUCGAUGCACAAGAGCAGCGAGAUCAAUCGUCACGGAACCAUCAAAGCGGCCCCGGUCAAAGUGCCCACGCCGCCAGUGGCUCCGCCUGUGCCCAUCGACCUCAGCACCGCCAUCACCCAAGAACUGCAGAGACGGGCCAAGCAGAGGAGUAUGAGCAAUGCUUCGAAUGGUCAACAUCAGGAGCAGGGAGAUAAGAACAGCGCCGAGAAUCGCAAGCAGACACAGAAUCCCGAGGCCCUUAAAGCCCAAGAGCAGAAGGUCACGCACGACAAGCUCAUGGAAGAGUUCAAACGCGCUCAUCAGAGGAUGUUCAGUAACGCCCAACAGCGCAAUCCCGAGCAAAAUUCCAACGGCGAACAGAAUCACGAUCAAGAGAAACGACCUAAUUUCGUCAAAAGCACCAACAAACCUAUAAUUGCGCCGAAGCCCACGACGAAUCAUCAGCAAAGCAGCUCCAUUAACCAAAUCAACAACAACAACAACAACAAUAAUAAGCAUAAUAAUAAUGAUGACGAAGCAGUCGAGAUGCAAAGUAUCGAGUCGUUUAAAUUAAAAGAAAGCCCGGCAGCGGUGCCUAAGCCCCCGCCUACAUACUUCCCAGCAGCCAAGGAUCAAUCGAAAAAUAUCAAGGAGCAAAAAACAAUGGCAGCAGGGGCAGAUAUCAACUCCAGUAAUGGCACAAUGACCAUUAAACCAUUAAAGCCUGUCAAACCACAAGCUGUGACGAGCGUGGCGAGAUCAGUUAGCAAAGUUGCCAUUAGAAUAGGCAGUUACAAUGAAAACGACGGAAAAAAACCUGGAAAAUUGGGUUUUUUGGCGGAAAAGGCGAAUCAGGACAGUGCGAACAAUGCUGUUUCAGCCGCAGCAGCGCCAGCCGCGUCGCGUUUCCAGAUUGAACUCGUAGCUACUUUACAAAGAUCAAAUUUGAGAAGACAAAUCGAGGGGGAAAAUGAAAUCACAAGCGUCGUGGAGGAUAACAACAUAAUGGCUCAAGAAAACGGCCAACAAAUCCAAGUCACCGGGGGUACGCAAAACUACAUUGAAAAACUGUCCAAUGCUCUCAACAAUAAAGUCACUAUUCGAGUUAACCCUGAAGCAAACGCUCGAUAAAUCCUCGCAUAUUGAAUAUUAUAUAGAAGAUAGGUAAAAAAGGCAAAAUAACCGAACUUCGACUUAUACAGCAAUAUGCUACUACAUAUAAAUGUAUCACAUACGGUAAUAAUAAGAAUUUUUUCGUUUGUUUGGGUAGUUUCUGGGUAUAUGCAUGUAAGAGUGCUUUUCCAUGAUUUGAUACAUGUGGGAAAAAAAAAACAAAUCGUUAAUGGCAAAAAAAAUUCGUCAAUGAUGAUGAUGCGUGUGCGCAAACAAACGAAAUAUUUAUAUCUAUACACACGUAACCGAUAUUGUAGAUUUUUUCACGCAGAUACGCCCAAAGCGUAUACCGAUAAUGCAGCCCAGAAAGCAUGAGACGUUUUCUGAUAUUAAUAAUUUAAAUAUUGGUUUUCAGUAAACAUUUUAAAAACAUACUGAUAUAAGGUUUUUCAAGUUGAAGACUUCUUUUUGUAUGCAUCAUUUCAUUUACUCAGUUUACAUUAAGUUACAUACAAAACUUACAGUUGAAAACGAUUCCUGCUAAUUGGGCAUAACUUAUUAAUAAUAAUAAAUAGAUUUAUCAAAUGCAUAUUAUAUAAUAAAUCAAUUGUUGCAGUAUUGAUAAUAAAUAUUUGAAAAGUACGAUUAAUAUAUAAAUAGUGUAAACGUGUAAUAUAUUCUAAUGUAAGAAAUACAUGGAUUUGUAGGAAAAAAAACAAAAUGUAAGCUGACGAUGCAGUUAAAAGAACCGUAGUGUUAGAGAACUAUUCUUACUGAGAAACGCUAACACGUAUUUUAUAAGCUUAUUGCAUAGUUUGGCAGCUAUUGCCAGUUUCAAAUGUAUUUUAAAAAGUUAUGCGCCAAAAAAGCAUUUAUUAUUAUCAUUAUAUAUAUAAUAUACAUAUUAGCGUUUAUGGAUAAUUGAAUACAUAUAUCGUUGAUCGACAAAAUAAUUUUUUUUUACCGAAAACGUGCAAGUCGCUAUCUUGAAAGAAAGUGUACUUAAAAAAGGGAAAAUUUUUCAUUACUGAAAAAUGUAUGGCUCAAUACAACGAAAGUAACUUUUUUAUUGCGAUUAAACACAGUUCAGUCGGUGAUUAUGAGUUCACCUGUAGGUUUUACAAAUUUGUCUUUAUAUAGUAACAGAAUUAUAUCUUUUGAAUUAUUACCGACUAAGUCUUGCUUUUUUUCUUUAAUUCGUUACGGUAAAACUAUCCUCUAGCUAUCUACGGCUGACUGGCUAAAUGA